CCCACUGGAAAACCAAAACCAUGGCCCCUGGUAUUUCUUUCCCCCUCUACAUCCAAAUCAACUCUUUAUCUUUUCAACCAAAACAAAAUCAACCUCUUUCUAUAUCUUCGCUUUCAUCCCAUUAAAACCCUCUCCAUUAUCGUCACAAUCACCUUGAUCUUCAUCUUCAUCUCCAGGUGUUGCAUCGUCACAUCCAAAAAGAUGCAGUCUUUUCCUUGAAAAUCAUCACCACAAAGUACCAUUUCAUUUUUCUUUCUUUCUUCACUGAUUCUGCUUUUUACUGUUUUUGUCCCCAUCCUUUUUCUUUUCUUCAUACCCAGAUCGUAUUUUUACUCCCUUUGGAAAUUUAUAUCCGGUUACCAGUUAAAGAAGCUAUCUUUUUGUGGGGGGUUUUGAAUUAUCGAUCAAUAGUUGGUUUACCGCGUGUAACUUUGUGUUUUUUCUCUAGAUUACAUCAAUCUAUCAUUACAAGUUGCUAUGUUUUAGUUCGCCAUUUUCGCGAGUUUUUGAAGAUACCAUAUCGGAUUAGCAGUUAAGUUGCUGUGUUUUUUCCCGGGGCAUUAGAUUAUACAUAAACAAAGGUGGUUUUAGUGCAUGCGUGUAAGUUCGGUUGCCAAAUGGGCAUGGAGAAAGUUUCAGGUGAAAGAAAGAAAAGGAGAAUGAGGCAGAAGAAAGUUACAGCAGUUCAGAAGCUUUAUGAUACAUGCACAGAGGUCUUCGCCGAUUGUGGCCCUGGAGUUAUUCCGAAUGCUGAGGGUAUCGAACGCCUAAAGGAUAUUUUAAAUGGGAUGACUGAAGUUGAUGUUGGUGUACGGCCUAACAUGCCCUAUUUCAAGCUUAAAGAAAUCGGAGGAUUUCCUAAAAUCACAUACUUACACCUUUGUGAAUGUGACAAAUUUUCGAUUGGAAUCUUCCUACUGCCUCCAUCGGGUGUCCUCCCUCUCCAUAAUCACCCUCAGAUGACUGUUUUCAGUAAGCUUCUGUUUGGAACCAUGCAUAUAAAAGCAUACGAUUGGGUCGAUGAUGCUGCUUUAAUCUCUACUCCUAAACCUGAUUCAUCAGAAGGAGAUGUUGGUGUUCGUUUGGCUAAACUGAAAGUCAACUCUGAAUUCACUGCUCCAUGCAACGCCUCCAUUCUGUAUCCAACUGAUGGUGGAAACAUGCACUGCUUCACUGCAAUGACGUCAUGUGCAGUUCUUGAUGUUCUGGGCCCACCAUAUUGUGAUCCUGAAGGCAGACAUUGCCAAUACUAUCGUACUCAUCCUUUUAUGGAUUUAUCAGAAACAGAUGAUGAGAAAAAGUUACCAGAGGGAGAGAAGAUAGAAAGCUAUGCAUGGCUGGAAGAGAUAGAUAAACCAAAAGGCUUGUCUGUGAUUGGAGCGAUGUACAGUGGGCCAAAAAUCAUCGAGAAAUUAGCUUUUUAAAAAUUCAUGCACAAAACAGAAACUUUUGUCGGUUUUUUUUUGGUUGGGUAAAGGUGGUUAUGGACUUAUACCUUGAAGUUGUUGUAUAUAAUUUCAGCAUCACCAUAGAAAAGGAAAACGGUAC